CCAGCCGCGCACACAGCUCUGCCCGCCACCUCCGAAGCGGAUCCCCGGACGCCCCUCGGCUCUCCCUGGGUUUCUAGCAAAGUCCCCCCGGGGUGUCCAUCAAUUUCCUUAGGUGACUACAGCGUGUGUUUUGUUUUUCUUUCUUCCUUUCCUCCCUGUGUGCCCUUCUCCAGGAUGGCAGAGGCGGAAUUGCACAAGGAAAGGCUGCAAGCCAUAGCAGAAAAAAGAAAGAGGCAGACGGAAAUAGAAGGCAAGCGCCAAGAGCUGGACGAGCAGAUACUUCUGCUGCAGCAUUCCAAGUCCAAAGUGCUUCGGGAAAAAUGGCUGCUGCAGGGUGUACCUGCUGGAACUGCGGAAGAGGAGGAAGCCAGGCGGCGGCAGUCUGAGGAGGAUGAGUUAAGAGUCAAACAACUUGAAGGUAACAUUCAGAGGCUGGAACAGGAAAUACAAGCACUGGAAAGUGAAGAGUCCCAGAUAUCUGCCAAAGAGCAAAUCAUCCUAGAGAAACUAAAGGAGACAGAAAAAUCCUUCAAGGACUUUCAGAAGAGCUUCUCCAGUACGGAUGGAGAUGCAGUAAAUUACAUUUCCUCCCAGCUCCCCGACCUGCCAAUCCUCUGUUCACGAACAGCACAACCGUCACCUGGGCAGGACGGAACCAGCAGGGCAGCUGCUGUGUACGCCAUGGAAAUUAAUGUGGAGAAAGACAAACAAACAGGAGAGACCAAGAUUCUCUCUACAUCCACCAUUGGCCCAGAGGGGGUCCAUCAGAGAGGAGUCAAAGUCUUUGAUGAUGGUACCAAAGUAGUGUAUGAGGUGCACUCAGGAGGCACCAUAGUAGAAAACGGAGUGCACAAAUUAAGCUCAAAGGAUGUAGAAGAGCUUAUUCAGAAGGCUGGACAAUCAAGCUUAAGAGGAGGGUACGUGUCAGAAAGGACUGUGGUUGCAGAUGGGAGCCUCAGCCACCCUAAGGAACAUAUGCUCUGCAAAGAAGCCAAGUUAGAAAUGGUCCAUAAGUCUAGGAAAGAUCAUACUUCUGGGAACCCAGGGCAGCAGGCUCCAGCCCCCAGCACUGAAGGGCCGGAGGCAAACUUGGAUCAGCCCGUCACCAUGAUUUUCAUGGGCUACCAAAAUAUCGAGGAUGAAGAAGAGACGAAGAAGGUGCUAGGCUAUGAUGAAACCAUCAAGGCUGAGUUGGUCCUCAUUGAUGAAGACGAUGAGAAGUCAUUGAGGGAGAAGACGGUGACAGAUGUGUCCACUAUUGAUGGGAACGCAGCUGAGCUGGUGUCCGGGAGACCCGUCUCAGACACCACAGAGCCCUCAUCCCCCGAAGGGAAGGAAGAAAGCCUGGCCACGGAGCCAGCCCCAGGUACCCAAAAGAAAAAGCGCUGUCAAUGCUGUGUUGUCAUGUGA